ACGAGCGUUUACGGACACCAGGCGUACGUGCAUGUGCGUGCUAUGAUUGAAGCAUUGAGAGAGCCUAGUGAAAUGCUGGAUUGACUUACAGUGAAGAUCUCGGGAUCAAUGGCACGCGGCUUUGAGAUCGUUUAAAAUUUAUUGGAAGGGAGAGUGUGAGAGAGAAAGGGAGAGUGUGACGGGGCGAGUGAGAGAGAGGGGAAAACAGUGUCUUUCAACAAUGGAACUUACAAUGGAAAACAUUGGAAAUCUUCACGGCGUGUCACACUCCCAUCAAUCGGGGGACUUGAUGAACUCUCCACACGCGCGACAGUCGGCGACACACCGGAACUUGGUAUCGUCGCACGGGAGAUCGGCGAUGGUCUCCAGCAUGGCCUCAAUACUGGACGGGGCCGGUGAGUAUCGCGCGGACCAUUCGCUGACCGGUCCUCUCCAUCCUGCCAUGACCAUGUCUUGCGAUUCGAGCAUGAGUCUGAGCAGCACUUACACCACGCUGACGCCGCUGCAGCACCACCUGCCACCCAUAUCCAACGUCUCAGAGAAAUUUCACCAUCACCCGCACGCUCACCAUCAUCCGCACGCUCACCAUCAUCCCGCGCACCAGCGUCUCGCCGCCGGGAACGUCAGCGGCAGCUUCACACUGAUGCGGGAUGACCGGGGCCUCGCGUCCAUGGGAAACCUAUAUGGUCACUACUCCAAAGACUUGUCCGGGAUGGGACAGUCUUUAUCACCUCUCUCCAACGGCCUGGGGUCUUUGCACAACUCUCAACAGACUCUGGGUACUUACGGUCCCGGUGCGCACCUGGGGAACGACAAGAUGAUUUCCCCGGGAGGCUUCGAGUCUCACGCUGCGAUGCUUGGCAGGGGCGAGGAGCACCUGACGCGGGGUUUAGGAGGACACGGGCAUGGUAUCAUGUCUUCUCUCAACGGUCUCCACCACCACCACCACAGCCACUCGCACUCUCAGGCGAACGGGUCGGUGCUCUCGGAGCGUGACAGGCAGACAGCAGGAGGCGGCGGACAGGGAGGUGGGUCAGGCCAGGUGGAGGAGAUCAACACCAAAGAGGUUGCUCAGCGAAUAACGGCGGAGUUAAAAAGAUACAGCAUUCCACAAGCAAUCUUUGCCCAGAGGAUCUUGUGUCGCUCGCAAGGAACUCUCUCUGAUCUUCUGCGGAAUCCCAAACCCUGGAGUAAACUAAAGUCGGGUCGAGAGACGUUCAGGAGGAUGUGGAAAUGGCUACAAGAACCAGAGUUCCAGCGCAUGUCUGCCCUUAGGCUCGCAGCCUGCAAGCGUAAGGAACAGGAGCAGCACAAAGAACGGAAUCUGGCCCCCAAGAAGCAGCGCCUGGUCUUCACGGACCUGCAGCGUCGCACGCUCAUCGCCAUUUUCAAGGAGAACAAACGGCCCUCGAAGGAAAUGCAGAUGACCAUUUCGCAGCAGCUAGGCCUGGAACUCAACACAGUCAGCAACUUCUUCAUGAACGCCCGGCGCCGCUGCGUCGACCGCUGGCACGAGGAACACCAUCACGGACACGGAGCCAGUCCGGGUCAGCCGGGCACCUCCGCCACCACCUUCUCCAAGGCUUAAGUCUAAACCCCUUUCCCCCUGGGUGCCGGACGAUUUUCAGUCCGUAGACACCCGUCGCGUGCCAAUCAAUCCCACCGCUGCCGCCAAUGGCAACGAUUUACAUAAAUGCAACUUUUUUGGGACUGUUAUGAACCAAUCCAAAAGCACCUAAGUCUACACCACCAAAAGGCAACUAUUAACAAAAAACAAAAAAUAAAAUCCCAGCGAGUCUGUAGUGGUCUGGCUUCAUAGUCUCUUUAUGCGCUGGGCAUAAUGGUGCGGUCUGAGACAAAUGAGCCAUUUCGCAGCUCGCAGCACAUAAUGCUUGUUACUCAAGCAAGGUUGUCAAAGAAAGCCACCAUCUGCAUCAUCACGUUCUGCCCACAGUGGCACAAUUCCCUAAUGGCCAGCUGUUUCACGGAGACUCUCAGAUCAUAUGCAAAGCUAAUGAAUUGAGAGACUAAUCGAUACGGACAGAAAAGCGAAAGACGUUGACCUCUACUGAAGGUGAAAUGGAACGAGCUCCUUCAACAAGGACUUUAUUUUGCACAGAUGUACACGGAGGCCUGCCGGGUGGCGGACGUGUCGGUCUGGAACCGGUGACCCAGAAUGUCUCAAUCUACAAUCAGCACACUGCAACCAAAGCAUCCAUAAUGCAACUAGCGUAUCGGUCAACAACUGCCAUCCAGGUUGGGGGGAAAUACCACUUCUAGCAUUGGUGCAUGGACAUUCUGGUUUCAUAAGUUUGCGACCUGUGACAUUCAACUACAAUGAGUAUUUUUCAUUCCGUAUAAAUCACAAUAGGCCAAAGACAGCAAAUACAGCCAAACACAGCGAGAGGCACACUUUGAAUGCGUAUGGAAAUAUUUGUUACAAAAUGGUACAUCCACACACAACUGAAAUCCUACCGACAAAUCAAAUGUUUUGUUUAUCCUGCGAUGUGGACGAGGGGUAAACUCGGUCCAAAAUGUUACAUAAAAUCUAGUGCCAAUAAUGUUUGCCUUAAUAGAAGAGUUCACACACCUUCAGCCAGAAUCCACCCCUCUCCCCAAACUGGCAUGAUGUGCCAUAGCAACCAACAAUCAUCUUUUAAACGAAUCAGAAUCUUUUCUAAAAACGAAAAUGUAAAAAAGAAGAAUCGAUGCUUUACAACGUUCAGCUCAGCAAAUCAAUGGCAAAAAGGUAGAAGCAUACGCAACAGAAACAAGCUCACUAUAAUUUCUAUUGAUCUGCUCUAUCUUUGUUUCCCAUUCUACUCUUCAUCUAUCUUCCACUUGCUUUGUCAUCAUAAUAUUAA